UUUAGCUUCGUCUGCAAAACCGUUACAGAGAGACAGCGAAAACCUGUGGGGAAAAAAUUUUAGAAGCAACCCAAAAGAGAAGAGAAGAAAUUUAUUUCUUUUUCUCCCUCUCUCUCUCUUUUGAAGCUUCUUCUGAUUCAAAGUUUUACAGGUUGGAGAAGAUUGUUGAUGUUUUGGUUUGAUUCGAUUAGUCAAUCCUAUGAUUUCAUAUAUUCCAAGAGAAUUCAUAAAUCCUUGAACCAAAAUAAGGAUCUUCAUUUCAGCUUUCUAGAGAAAUUGAGAAAGCCUGUGAUAUGUGAUGGAGCAAUUCAGGCAAAUCGGAGAGGUUCUAGGAAGCUUAAACGCGUUAAUGGUAUUACAAGACGAUAUCUUAAUCAACCAAAGACAAUGUUGUUUGUUGUUAGAUAUUUUCAGUUUGGGUUUCAACACCGUAGCCGAAGAGAUCAGACACAACUUGAAGCUUGAAGAGAAGCAUACUAAAUGGAGAGCUCUUGAACAGCCUUUGAGAGAGCUUUAUCGAGUUUUUAAAGAAGGCGAAAUGUAUGUUCGGAAUUGUAUGUCUAAUAAAGAUUGGUGGGGUAAAGUUAUCAACUUUCAUCAGAACAAAGAUUGUGUUGAGUUUCAUAUACAUAAUCUGCUUUGUUACUUUUCGGCUGUGAUCGAAGCCAUCGAGACCGCGGGUGAGAUUUCGGGUCUUGACCCUUCUGAGAUGGAGAGGAGGAGAGUUGUGUUUUCAAGAAAGUAUGAUAGGGAGUGGAAUGAUCCCAAGCUGUUUCAGUGGAGGUUUGGGAAACAGUAUUUGGUACCGAGGGAUAUUUGCUUACGGUUCGAGCAUUCGUGGAGAGAAGAUAGGUGGAAUCUCGUUGAGGCAUUGCAAGAGAAGAGGAAGUCCAAGAGCGAUGAGAUUGGCAAGACUGAGAAGCGUUUAGCUGAUUUUCUGUUGAAGAAACUAACGGGACUAGAACAGUUUAAUGGUAAGCUCUUCCCCAGUUCGAUACUUGUUGGUUCUAAGGAUUACCAAGUGAGGAGGAGAUUAGGUGGUGGUGGUCAGUACAAGGAGAUUCAAUGGUUAGGGGAUAGUUUUGUGUUGAGACAUUUUUUCGGUGAUCUUGAGCCGUUGAAUGCAGAGAUUUCUUCUCUGUUAUCGCUUUGUCAUUCGAAUAUACUUCAGUACCUUUGUGGAUUCUAUGAUGAAGAAAGGAAAGAAUGUUCUCUUGUUAUGGAGUUAAUGCACAAAGAUUUGAAAAGCUACAUGAAGGAGAAUUGUGGACCUAGAAGAAGAUAUCUUUUCUCUGUUCCCGUUGUUAUCGAUAUAAUGCUUCAAAUCGCGAGAGGGAUGGAGUAUCUUCAUUCAAAUGAGAUUUUCCAUGGAGAUUUGAAUCCAAUGAACAUUCUUUUGAAAGAGAGAAGUCACACCGAAGGUUACUUCCACGCGAAAAUCUCGGGUUUCGGUUUAACCUCAGUUAAGAAUCAGUCUUUUUCUCGGGCUUCCUCUAGACCAACCACACCUGAUCCUGUAAUAUGGUAUGCACCUGAAGUUCUAGCAGAGAUGGAACAAGAUCUCAAAGGUACAGCUCCAAGAUCAAAGUUUACACAUAAAGCUGAUGUCUAUAGCUUUGCUAUGGUGUGUUUUGAGCUUAUAACCGGUAAAGUUCCAUUUGAAGAUGACCAUCUUCAAGGCGAUAAAAUGGCUAAGAACAUAAGAACGGGAGAGAGACCUCUCUUCCCAUUCCCUUCACCAAAAUACCUUGUUAGUCUAAUCAAACGGUGUUGGCAUUCAGAACCGAGUCAGCGUCCAACAUUCUCUUCGAUUUGCCGGAUCCUCCGCUACAUCAAGAAGUUCCUAGUGGUGAAUCCGGACCACGGUCACCUUCAAAUCCAAAACCCUCUAGUUGAUUGCUGGGAUUUAGAAGCAAGAUUCUUGAAAAAGUUCUCAAUGGAGUCAGGUUCUCACGCAGGAUCAGUGACACAAAUACCAUUCCAGCUUUACUCAUACAGGAUUGCAGAGAAAGAGAAGAUGAGUCCAAACUUUAACAAAGAAGAGAAUUCAGAUGCAGGGGAAUCUGUUUCUGAAAGUGUUUCAGUAGUUGAAGAGCCACCAACAACAAUGCCAAUGUAUACUAAGUCAUUAUGCUUAGAUGCAAUAUCUGAAUACUCAGAUACAAGAUCAGUCUACUCAGAAGCUCCAAUCAAAAAGACAUCAGCUUUAAAGAAAAGUGGUGACACCAUCAAAAACAGAAGAAAUUCAAUCUCAGGUUUAAGGUCUCCAGGAUCAUCGCCUAUAAAACCGAGAUCAACACCUAAAGUAUCAUCACCACUAAGUCCAUUUGGAAGAAGCAGCAGCAACAAAGCAAACAAGGAUACAAGAUUGCCUUUGAGUCCUAUGAGUCCACUGAGCCAUGGAAGACGUAGACAACUAACUGGUCCUGCUUCAGACUCUGAGCUUACAUAGCUUUGAAACACACAUCGUGGUUUUUUCAAGAAUCUUAAACUAACAAAAAGUUUUCAGAGUUAGUUCCCAUAACAUACCCUUUUUUGUCUAACCUCUUUAAUACCAUUUUUUUUUUGUAUGUGUAAAAUUUUGCUUUCGUUAGAUACUUCUCUCUAAGCUUCUGCAAGUUCACAUUUUUAUUGUACCCUUUUUCGCCUUAAGUCUUUAUUCCGAUUUUGGAACUCCUAUGUUCGAAGUUUUGCUCGAUUAAAGAUUGGAUUUUUGCGUUU